GAGACGCACAUAGCGGAGUUCAGUCCAUCUCUGCCCGCAGCGAGCUAACCCCGCAGCAAGGCCACUGCGGGAAGAUGGCGACGGAAAAAACGAAACAUGAAGGAAGAGUUAAAAUUGGACAUUACAUUCUCGGAGACACACUCGGAGUGGGGACAUUCGGAAAGGUUAAAGUGGGCCAACAUGAGCUGACCAAGCACCAAGUGGCAGUGAAGAUCUUGAACAGGCAGAAGAUCCGCAGUUUGGACGUGGUGGGAAAGAUCCGCAGGGAGAUCCAGAACCUCAAGCUUUUCAGGCAUCCUCACAUAAUUAAACUGUAUCAGGUUAUUAGCACCCCUACAGAUAUCUUCAUGGUGAUGGAGUACGUCUCAGGAGGCGAGCUCUUUGACUACAUCUGCAAAAAUGGAAAGUUGGAUGAAAAAGAGAGCCGCCGGCUGUUCCAGCAGAUUAUUUCAGCUGUAGACUACUGUCACAGACACAUGGUGGUGCACCGAGACCUCAAGCCUGAAAACGUGCUGCUUGAUGCACACAUGAAUGCCAAGAUUGCAGACUUUGGUUUAUCAAACAUGAUGUCAGACGGAGAGUUCCUGCGAACAAGCUGUGGUUCUCCGAACUAUGCUGCUCCUGAGGUCAUCUCAGGAAGGUUAUAUGCUGGUCCAGAGGUAGAUAUCUGGAGCAGUGGGGUCAUUCUCUAUGCCUUGUUGUGUGGGACACUUCCCUUUGAUGACGACCAUGUGCCAACACUCUUUAAGAAGAUCUGCGAUGGGAUCUUUUUUACCCCGCAGUAUCUGAACCCCUCAGUAAUAAGCCUCCUUAAACACAUGCUGCAGGUGGACCCCAUGAAAAGAGCCACCAUCAAAGAGAUCCGAGAGGAUGAGUGGUUCCAACAGGACCUACCCAAGUACUUGUUCCCUGAGGACCCCUCCUACAGCAACAACAUGAUUGAUGAUGAGGCCCUGAAGGAGGUAUGUGAGAAGUUUGAGUGCCCAGAGGAGGAGGUCCUGGCCUGCAUAUAUAGUCGCAACCAUCAGGAUCCAUUGGCCGUCGCCUACCAUCUCAUCAUUGACAAUCGUCGCAUCAUGAAUGAAGCCAAGGAUUUCUACCUGGCGUCCAGCCCUCCCGACUCUUUUCUAGACGACCAGCACCUGACCUCGUCCGGUGCAGCUGUGACCGGCGUCAUCAAGCCCCACCCUGAGCGCGUACCCUUCCUCGUGGCAGAGACGCUCCCCAGGCCUCGUCACACACUAGAUGAAUUGAACCCCCAGAAGUCCAAGCACCAGGGUGUUAGAAGGGCCAAGUGGCACCUGGGUAUCCGCAGUCAGAGUAGACCCAAUGAUAUCAUGUCAGAAGUGUGCCGUGCCAUGAAACAGCUGGAUUAUGAGUGGAAGGUUGUGAAUCCUUAUUAUCUACGUGUGAGAAGGAAGAAUCCGAUUACUGGGAUGCAAACCAAGAUGAGCCUUCAACUCUACCAAGUGGACAGUAGAACCUACCUCCUUGACUUCCGUAGCAUAGACGAUGAUAUGCUGGAGACAAAAUCUGGAACUGCUACCCCUCUCCGCUCUGGGUCUGUGGGCAAUUACCGCACCACUAUUAAGAACGAUGUAGAUGGGGCGGACGCUCCGGCUAUGUCUAGCCUUGUGCAGUCUACAAAGGCCGCAGAAGGCUCCUUAGCUUCAUCCUUGACCUCAUCCAUCGACUCGACGGGAGGUGGAGAAAACGCGUCUGUCCCCCGACCAGGAAGCCACACCAUCGAGUUCUUUGAGAUGUGUGCAAAUCUUAUUAAACUACUUGCACGAUAGCUUGCAAAACAAUCGCUAGCCUUUUUUCCUCUCCGAGUGUCUUUAUAGCAAUAAGCAUGCAACUGAUUCAUGGCUCAGUUCAUCCCAACUGCGGAUGAAGUGAUUGUUCCAUGGCACUGAUGCAGGUUAGUGUUCCUUAAGCAGAAGAGAUGUUUUCAGAGCUGGCAGGGAAUGGACGGGGUCAUUAGGAAUGAUGAAUGACAAGCUACUUAAUAGCUGGGACAGAACAAACAUUUAGGAGGGUGUUUUACAAUUUUCUGAUCAAUUUAAUAGCAAAUGUCCGCAUCCCCACCUAUACAUAUAUGCGCAAGUGAUUACACUGAAUUUUCUGUACUGUAGCCAGUGAGCACUGCUUUCCAGUACAGAGAACAACAUCAAGUUUUUGCCUGCAGAGAAGGAAGCCACAUGUUGAGUGUUUGGUAUUUGGGUGGCAGUCGUAUAGGAUGCAGGAAGCACUUUUGCACAAGUAUCUUUUAUUUCCUGCUGCUCCUUGUAUUUCUCUCAGUGGGGAUCAGAGAAGUGGUGCAGAUGUCUCGGGGCACUGCACUGGCUAUAAGUAGGGUUGCCAUGCCCAUCACAUUCAUUGGACUCUGAAGAAGUGCAAUGACCCUCGUAUUUCUGUCUUGUGUCAGGGACAAACGAAUGCUUCACACAAUUUAUGUUAAGUUGGUUUUUUUUGUUUGUUUUUUUUUUUUUGAGAAUCUGAGUUGUCAGAGACUAAAUAGUCAUGGUUUUGUCCUUGUUGUAAAAUUUGUUUGAAUAUGUCUGUCCCCUACAUUUUUAUAUAUAAAGACGUGAAUAUAUUUAUCAGUGCGUUAAGUGGACGCAGUGUUGGUUCUAUUGGAAAUAGAAUUGUUUUUUUCUUUAUUGCAUUAAGAUCUAUUGCUGGAUGGUAUAUAUUUUCCUUUGUUACUGUCUGGUUUUUAAAUCAAUAUCACAGUUUUGUUUCCUUCAAUCACAAUUAUUCUGAUACUUGAUUGUCUUUCCAGAUAAACAUAGCCUGCUUUUACCAUUUAAGAGGUAUUUUGCCAUGAAAGUCAAAAUCUCGAAAUAUAUCAUUUUGAGUGUCACAUAUUAAAAUGACAAGUUGAUUUUGACUUUUUUGUUGUAUUUUCUCUAUUUGUUGUUUUUUUUUUUUUUAGAUUAAGGAUUAGGACUUGAUUAUGAUUACUGAGUGAAAUGCCUUUUGCCUACAUUCAAUUUGUAAAUGCCAAUCCAUCACAAGUGUAUAGGUCUCAGAGCUCAAUUUGAAAAUGAGUAGUAGCAAUUACAUGCAGUGCAUGGACAAUGUGUAUUGGCAGGUGAAUACAUCCAAAAUAUAAUCAUUUUUGCAUAUGUUCAUGAUUUGAUUGGCCAUGCAUUCCCUUGGCGUGGACCUUGAAAAAAAGGCUUAUGUACGGAUAUUUGAACCUGAAUCAGACUUGUGAGCUUGGUAUUGGAAAAUCCUGCUGGUUAAAUUGCAUUUCUGAUUCUGAAGUAAAAACAUCACUCACGCUUUAAGAUAAAUGUGUAGCUGAUUUAUAUUUGAUAAUUUGAACAUGUCAGACAGAACCUGAUACUUGCAAGCUCACAAAGUCUGGGAUAUGUCUUUGUUCACAAGUAUGACACGUCUCGCUCCAUUUCCUGUCCACAGUCUUAAAGUUUUAAGUGGUGUCUGUUGUUUGGCUGCCUUAUCGUUAUCAGUACUGUUAAGUUUUUAUGUCAGUAAAAGAUUGAAUUGAGUGCUGGUCAGAAUUAUUGGCAUCUUUUGCAAUUUUAAAGGUUAAAGUCCAGAAAUUAUUUUGACAAUGUUUCUUUAAACUACAGAUUAUUCUUAAGUGUUGGCAUUCCAAAAAAAAAAAAGAAAAAGAAAAGAAAACUCUUAACUGCAAGACUUAAAAUAUACAUCUGAUUCUGUUGUUGCCAAACUAUCAGUAACUGCUACCACCCUUUAAUGCAAUAGGAAAAAACAAAGCAGACUUAAAAGGUAAACUGGUUUCUCAUUCAAUCAUUUUCAUUUUUGUCAUCAGUCAGUUAAACCAGGUUAUAAAGGACUUUGCAUGUUCUCAUUGUAAUAUCAGACACUUAAAGCUUUCUUUUUAUUAAGGGGUGCGAGCAGUUGCUGAAGUCUUUGUUUCCAGUGUUUAGCUCUCCAUGGCUUUAAAAAUGUAAACUAUCUUGUUUGUACAAACAAUUUUACAUUUCAGAGAUAUAAUUCAACAAAAAUUGCCUAGAGUGACAAUAAUUAUGAUCAUCUUGUUCCUCUUGCUGUCUUGCGGGGCAGGUUUGGACUGAAAAUAUUUUGUUGACAUUUGACCGUUAUGUCUCAGUUUUAAACUAGAGUUUAUAAAAUAUAGUGACCAUGGUAAAGAAACACACACUAUGGUCUUGGAAAGAUAUUGUAAACAACAUGUUUAAAGGGCAGUUGCGAGUUCUGAUGACAAAACUUUUCAUGGAUUUCAUGUUGGGUUUUGUAGAAAAGAUGAAUGUGUGAAACCAUUAUCUUUUUGAAGAUUAUGGAGUAGUGUCUGGUGGACUGUUGGCAGAUAAAUCCUGUCUAUUCUGUUUAUCUGAACUGCUUCAAAUAAAUAUUGUUCUAUUUUUGUUUGAUGUGUAAAGGGACCCUACCAGAUGGACCAGUGUAAAUCUGAAUGGACAGUGUUGAAAUCGUUUGUAUACACAACUGCCUAAUAAACUGCUAAAUUGCA